AUACAGCUGGCAUGGGCCGUCGUUCGCAGAGGCGAGCCUUACACAGGUGGCGGGAGAUGGAGGAGACAAAUCGCACUCUGGCCGCGCUGAAUUCGAUGUAUAGUGCCCCUGCGAAGCAAGGGCACGCGACUUCUUUCUUUCGUACCUCGGCUGCACAGGCCAGGGCAAUUGACUUCAUCAGACAGUCGGUGCAUGAGAUGGGAAGGCCGCCUGCCGACCUUUCCGGCCCAGAAGCGCUUCGGCAGCUUCGGGCAGCAGGGGCCUACGACGGUGGAGACCAGGCCGUUGUUGGUGUUCCUUCGCCUUACAAUCCCGAAAGCGUAUCACUUCCCUCUCCGGGGUGGCAGCCAAUUGAUCUUGCUGCGCUGUGGGGCGCUGACGGGCACGAGAUGGUGGGCGACUUUACUCGCUCGAAGCUUCUGCCUCUGAGUGAUGCUCGGCAACAUGUUUUGGCAAGUGGUGUUGAGAAGCCUUAUUGGGAUCCCUGUUUAAAACACAAACCCACGUACGGUAAAUUUCUUAGCCGAUUAUGGGCCUCGAACUUGAUCGACUUUGUGCUCGAGCCCUGCCGGGAAGAAGUGGCCAUCUUUUUUGUCACCAAGAAGGCUGGCCGACUUCGCAUGAUCAUUGAUGCCCGUCGCAGCAACUGUCAUUUCACGGACCCAGAGUAUGUCCACCUUUGCACCGGGGAGGCCCUCUCCCGACUGGAGGCCGACGCUCCGCUGACGGUGGCAACUGCCGAUUUGAAGGACGCUUUCUACCAUAUAGGCUUGCCGGUGGAGUGGCGGGAUGUGUUCGGUCUCCCACCCAUCCAGGCUGGGCUAGUUGAUGGACUUCAGGCCUCAGGGCUUCGUGAUGAAGCCCGCCUACGAGAUAGGCGGCCAGUGCCUGAAAAGAACAUCCUGCACACCCAGUACGUUGAUAACUUGAUCGUGUUGGGUACCGAUAGAGAAGCAGUUCUGGAGGCCUACCAGGCAGCCGUCUUCAAGUUUAAGGAGGCAGGCUUGCAAGUCCAUGGGGAGGAAGUCUCCGAUACUGGCGCCAAGGUCUUGGGUUGGGAGAUCCGAGCCGAUGGUCAUUUUGGACCCUCAUUGCACCGGGCUUGGAAGGUGCGUCUGGCGAUCCGAGAGUUGCUUCGACGGGGUAGGGCUACUGGAAAGCAACUUGAGAGACUGUUAGGUCACUGCGUGUUCAUCUCACUGGGAAGGCGGGAGAGCCUGUCUGUUUUCAGUGAUAUUUACAGACACGUGCAGCGAUAUCGGGAUUGUCAUGUGGAACUUCCUAUUCCCCGAGGUGUACGGCAAGAGUUGAUCAAGUGGGAUGGUAUUUUGCCUCUCUUGCGCAGGAGUCUCCGCUCGAAGUGGUCGGACACAAUUCAUGCUGUGGACGCCUCAGAGUGGGGCUUGGGUGUCACUGACGCCAACCUAGCCCAAGCACAAGUGCGCAAGCUGGGCCAAUUCAAUGAGCGUUGGCGCUUCAAGGAGCCUGGCGUCGCCCGGCCAAGGGACCAUGCCUUGGUCGCUGCUGGGGGGGGCUCCCCCGAUGAGACUAGUGAGCACUACCAGGUAGACCGUGAUUUUCAGGCGUUUGAACCGGUGGCUUUUGGCAUUGUGGAUCGGCCCUGGAGGACUACGGCGUGCUACCGAUGGAAACGCAAACUGUCCUUGCCGGUGGCGGAGGACGCCUUCUUCCCUCUAUCCCCCAGCGGCUGCUCCACGGGCUGCACGAGGCUCAGGGUGAACAUGAUCCAUCGAGGCAUGCUCACGACGCCUCUCCUUUCUGCGGCUGCAGGGGCCCAAAAGGUGAAGGGGCACAAGAGGAGGAUGGCUCCUCCAGCGGCGACAGCAACGCAACGAGGGGACGGCAUUCCGAACCUUCAACCUGCAAUCAGGACAAGGCGGAUGGUCCAGCGGAAAAAGCGGAAGCGGCAGCGUGCAGCAGAGGGGGAGAGAACGGCUUUGGAGGAUGCGGCUGUCACCCCGGCAUGUCAUCGCAGGUACACUUUGGCUUGGGAACCCGUGCGCCACCUGGUUUACCGAUCCCGCUCAACCUUGAGAUCCUUCUCGGUCAUCGACAAGAAUUUGGCCGAGAAACUCCAGGACAUGUACAUGGAUGGCGAGGAUCUUUCCGCGGGCCAGUACCUGAUUGCAGCGGUGUUGUUUUUCAGCCCCCAGGUCAAAGCCGAGGGAAUGCAGAAGCUACCUCGGGUGAAGCAGAGCUUGCAGGGGUGGCGGCGCCUUGCCCCUCCACAGUCCCGUCUACCAAUUCCUUUCGAGGCGGUGGCUCUUCUCGCGAAGUGGGGCUUCGAGAAUGGCCCUGCGUCUGAGAUGCCGAGAUCUGGUGAGACCUCCAACCAGUCAGAAGCGCUACCGGCGGUGGACACUGGUCCUCCAUCCACUGGAGCUGGGCACAGCUCCAAAACCAUGGAGUUCGACGAGACUCUGGAGCUGGACCUCCCGUAUCACGACAACGUAGGCGAGGCACUGGCACGAGUGGCCGCGGUGGGAUCCAGAGACCCCGAAGAGGUCCUGUUCAAGCAUUCCCUUCGCGACCUGGCACGUUUCCUGGAGCGAGGUGCGGAGGCACUUCAUCUGCAGGCUUUAGGGCCCCUUCAUCCGUACCGCCUACGUCAUGGAGGCGCGUCACACGACUUCAGCUUGGGUCUUCGAGAUCUGCCGGCCAUCCAACUCAGGGGCAGGUGGAGGAGCGCUGCGAGCGUGCGGCGCUAUCAGAAAGGGGGGCGUUUGGCUCAGCUCUUCGCCGGGCUCCCAGGGGAGGUCCAACGGGCAGCUCUCAAAGCUGUAAGCGACCUGAGUCAUUUGUGUGCCGUGGUGCGUUGA